AUGCGAAGAAAUCAAGUAAAAGAAUUAACUGGAAAUCAGUCAAGGCAUUCAUCCGAUGAUAGCGAUGGAACAGCUGCUGCCAUAGCACAACACGACCAGAUAUAUCGGGCAAACAUUAAAAAGAUUUUGCUAGCACGCAAAUAUCAUGACACCAAUGUUUACAAUGACAUUGGUGUUCGAAUAGUAGGUGGUAAAAAACUCCCAAAUGGUGAACUUGCAGCUUUUGUAUCAUCAGUAAAUCGCGGAAAGGCUCGAGAAAUAUUAGGCGAAAUAAAGGAAGGAGACCGUGUACUGGAAUGGAAUGGUGUCUUAUUAACUGGAAAAACAUUUGAGGAAGUGGAGCAAGUGAUAGCCGCCAGUCGGGGUGAAAUUGAAGUAGUUGUUGCGAGCAAUCCGAUAAGUAGUAUGCAUGUGACAUCGAACGAUCUUGGGAGAAGUAAAGGCACUGAAAAGCAAAAAAACAGACGAGAACGAAAACAUGAUGAAACACGCGAUCACUCGCAGAAAUCAGAAGCCCCUCCAGUACCAGCACAUCGUUACACAGAUGGUCAAACUUCUCUUUCUUCAGAUUCUUAUGCUGCUUUGAAACCAUCAUUGAACAGUAAAGCAAUCUCGUUACAACGUAAUAUGCAGCAGCCUGAUAUGUUGGGUUAUUUGAACGUGGCCCUAGCAUAUAACAGGUCAACAUCAACACUUAUGGUAACAGUGCUUUCGGCUAAGAGCCUCGUGUAUCGUCAGUAUUGUAAUGUAACAUUUUAUCCGAAUCCUUUCGUCAAGGUUUACUUGUUACCUGGAAGAAGAGUAUCUAGCAAGCGUCGAACUAAAUUCGUGCCAAAUACCUCAGACCCAGUAUGGGAUCAAACGCUGGAAUAUACAGUACCGUUUCAUGAACUGUACAGUCAUUAUCUGGAAUUUACGGUGUGGGAUUACGACAAACUCAAUGAUAACAACGCUUUAGGAAAACUUGUCAUCAGUCUUUCAGAUCCGUAUAUUUUGGAUGGUACUUCGCAUUGGUAUCCACUUCAUCCAACAGACAAUGAUUUAGCUAUGCUAGGCUUACCUAGUCCGGAACUCCAAGCAACAAUUGGUACGGCAAAUGGAUGUGCUAUGCCUCAUUAUAAUCCAAGUGAAAAUGAGCCAAUAACACAGAAAGAAACCAUAUUGGAAAACUUUACAGAACUUCCAUCACCCAUAUCCAGAACAGAUUGUGACCUGAAUAUGUUUCUCCCGUAUUUUGCUCGAGAGCAGCUGCCUACGUUUCAUUUUUGGAGUUCAUUAGUUUGCAACACCGCUCUUCUUUUUGGAUUCAUCGAUCCGGAAUACUGUUCUCGGAAUUCACCAAUCCGCCACGGGAAAUCAUUUCGAUUGGUAAUUUUCCAUCUUUUCAUAUGUCUGAAUAUGACAGGGGGAAUGGAUGCGCGUCCCACAUGGGAGAAAAUCCAGGUUUUGGAUGGUGGCUUUGGCAGUGAGUUGGAAGCAAGUGGUUACGAUGUGAAAAAUAGCUCACUUUGGAGCGCUGCAGCAUUGUUCGACAAUCCAAAUCUUAUACUUCAAAUACAUAAACGUUGGGAAUUUUACCCAAUAAUUCCACAGAUGAAAUGGACAGCAGGAUAUAUGAUGGUAGUGGCUAGUAAAGAAGAAUAA